CGUUAAUUUAGUGCGUAGAUAAGAAAGUUCAAAUUUAGUAUAAUCUAAAUUUUACAGAUAAGAAAUUUACACAAUAUCUUCCUAUUAACAAAAUUUUAAGCCGUUCCUUUCCUUUCACUGGCUUUCUCAUAUAUCUGCAAAAUGCUGGCCCAUGCAGUUUUCCUGGCUCUAUACCUCAUCUGUAACAUUAAAGAAAUCAAUGGAAUGACAUGUUUAGAAUGCGCGGACAUACCAGGUGCCCGUGAUUGUGACACAGUCAAAGAAUGUGGCCCACACGAGGUGUGCUUUUCAACGCAGCUGGUUUCAACAUCAGGACAUAUUUACAGACGCAUGGGCUGCAGGGAUAGAAUGCAAUGCUCCAGUGGAAUUGUGCAUAAGAGAAGUGACGGUGACCUGCCAGUGUGUGAUGGAUGUUGCGAUUCCCUGUGGUGUCAAGCAAACUUGUGUCAAGAUCAAGUAUACGAAACAAACCGUGGACCUAUUUGUUAUAGUUGUGAAAAACAGUUGGAGGACGAAAAUUGUACAAAGAUCACGGAAUGCUCACGUGAUUCGGUUUGCGUUGAAACUUAUGCUGAAAGCUCAACGGGUCACAAGCUCAGGAAAACUGCCUGUUUUAGCAAAUCAAUUUGUGAGAGGAUUUAUGGCUCAAAUUCAUUCCAUCAAACAAAUACGACAUGUUUUAAUUGUUGCAAAGGUGACUUAUGUAAUAGUCGUUGUGACAUGAAGCUUCCAGCUACAAAACCUCCUGUUGUUACUGUUACACAACCAGCACAAACGCCAACACAAGCAGGUUGUACGGACAGCACACCGGAGGCAACGUGUAAAUUGGCAGCAAGUAUCGUCUGUACAGACCAGAUCCAUGCUCAGAACGCCAACUGCGAGCAUUAUUGUGGAUUUUGUUAAUUAUUUGAUUAAACAAAUACUGUGAACAUUCUAAAAAUAAAAUUAGAAAAAUA